CCCCCCCCCUCCAAGCAAACAAACACGCAAGCAAUGCAUCGACAAAAUGGAACACCUCCUCCGUAAAGUCCUCCCGCACGCCACGCCGCGCACGGUCGCGCGCCUGACCUUCAACGGCGUGGGCCUGUUCUGCGCCUUCACCUUCGUCUGGGAACACCUGAUCACCGUGCAGCUGAGCGAGGGGCCCUCGAUGUACCCGACCUUCAAUCCGCGGGGCGACUACCUGAUGAUAUCGCGGGUGCAUAAGCACGGGCGCGGCAUCCAGGUCGGCGACGUGGUGCGGUUCUAUCAUCCUACGUUUCUGGGCAUGAAUGGCGCGAAGAGGGUCAUUGGGAUGCCGGGGGAUUUUGUCUGUCGGGAUUUGGCGUUUAGUCAGGAGGUCGGGAAGGGGGGGGAGAUGAUCCAGGUCCCCGAAGGUCAUGUCUACUUGGGAGGAGAUAAUCUGCCCUGGUCGAGGGAUUCGAGAAACUACGGUCCUAUUCCGAUGGGUCUGAUCAAUGGGAAGAUCAUCGCGCGCGUCUGGCCGCCGUCGAAGAUGGAGUGGACGCGCAAUACAAUGGAGCUGGCGGAUCUGUCCGACGCGUGAUGAUGCGUUCGGGAUACAUGUACAGUGCUUGACUUGCUACGCAUGGUUGGAGUCUGGAGUUGGAGGAAUUUGUGCAUAUUCAUACAUAUCUCUUGUACAAUACAGAUGGAAGUCCAAAGAAAUGUUGUAACGGGGAAAAAAAAGGGAAGAUGCUUAACGGGGCA